GCUGGUGGGGAAGAUAGUGAGUUGCUGCCUUCUCUCCCAGGUCUAGUUGGGUUUUGGAGGCUGGACUCCCACCCUGGUACCUGCCACAGUUUUUCAAGAGAUUCCCCGGUCUGUUCUGCAGAGCUGAAGGUUUGGCAAUUGCUGGGGGUAUAAAAAAGUCCAGGAGCAGAGCUGGGGAAGACAUAGAGCUCCCCGUUUCUCCGCUGCAAGUCACCCACCAUGGGGGUUGGAGGUAUGGUGGACGCAAAUACUGCCCUGCACCUGUGGACCUGGGUAGUCAUGCUGUGGUGUGCUGCUUAUGUUCCCAGCAGAGCUACCCCUGUAGGACUUCCCUCUUGCUCUGGCCCCCAAGGCACGGAGUUCAUUAUGGCCUUCAUGCAGAACUUCUUGCCCCGGUUUGGCAAGGCAGACUUCAAGCUGUUCAUCACUACCUACAUGCCCAAUACAACCAUCACUGUCUCUGUCAACAAAGAGGACUUUUCCUUCCAGGCCAUAGCCAACCUAGGGGAGACAGUGGUGGUGAAGAUCCCAGAGUUUGUGGAGCUGCUUCGGAGUGGCACUUCCCACCGCACAGUCAUCAUCCAGGCUGACCAGGAGGUCUCCGUCUUUGCCCUCAACUACAAGAGAAACACAGCAGAUACCACCAUUGUCUACCCUGUGAAGGACCUUGGGACUGAGUACUAUGUGGUAACACCCAAAGAGGGGUUGAGUGAGCUCUACAAACAAUUUGCAGUGGUUUCUGGGCAGGAGUCCACCCGCGUUGACAUCCACCUCAAAGGGGCUGUGACGUUUCAAGAAAGAACCUACCCAGCAGGAAGCAAUCUGACUAUCAUCUUGGAAGCCUACCAGGCUGUCCAGCUACAGAGCCGUGAUGAUUUAUCCAGUACCAGGAUCGUGUCCCAAAACCCUGUGGCUGUAUACGCUGGGCACGUGUGUGCCUCAAAACACACCAAAUGUGACUAUGUUGGUGAGCAGCUCUUGCCAGUGUCCAAGUGGGGCACCACAUUUGUGGUCCCAGUUAUGUCCUUUCAGACCAAAUUUGACUUGGCCUAUGUGGUUGCUUCUCAAGACACCCACAUCAGCUACCACUCUGGGAGCCUGAAAGCCUCAAUGAUCUUGGCCCCUGGGCAGGUCAUGACAUUUGAAGUCACAGUCUCAAAUCCCUUGUAUCUUUCGGCCAGUGUAGGAGUCCAAGUUGUCGUCUUCUGCACUGGUGGAACCCAUAAGAACCUCAUCUACGACCCCUUUCUCAUGACCAUCCCUGAUGUCUCCAGCUACUGCAAGACCUACAGCAUUUUUGGGCAGGAGAAGUUUGAGAACUAUGCCCUGAUUGUAGCCAAGACCUCCGAUACCACAGCUCUGACUAUUGACAAACAACCCUUACGCUUCACCCUAUGGAGGCCAGUUCCUGGUGCAGCCUAUUCAUGGACAUUAUACAGAUUGGGGAUGGGAUAUAGCAACCACACCAUUGAACACCCAAGUUCACCCUUUGUUGUCUUGAGCAUUGGAAUUUCUGAUAAAUCUGGAUAUGGUUCACCAGCUAUAGGGGGAAGAGGUCAGUCCCUAGGCCCGUCUUGCCAGGACUGUAUCACACAACAAGUGGCGGACAGCGGAGGGAAGAAGGGAAGCCCUGUUUCCCCCACAAUCACACCUGCUGAACCUCCACAUACUACCUGCUCAGGGCCCCAAGGAAAUGAAUUCAUCAUGGCCUUCUUGCAAAACUAUGUCCCCAGCUAUGGGCAGAGCCGCAACAUGCUGUUCAUUACCAGCUAUUUCCCUGACACAUCGGUGACUGUCUUAGUGAACCAGGCAAAUUUCACUGUCCACCUGACUGGGAAUCCCAGUGAAACAAUCCCCGUGAGCAUCCCAGCCUUCGCAGAGCUGCAAGGCAGCACCAUUUCAGACAACACAGUUACCAUCCGGGCUGACCAGCAGAUCUCCGUCCUUGCCCUGAACUAUAAGGACCACACAGCUGAUACCACGGUUAUCUACCCCAUACAGGACCUUGGGACUGAUUAUUAUGUGGUGACUCCAAGAAGGCUGUCCAAGAUUGGCUACAAACAGUUCAUGGUAGUGACCUGGCAGGAGUCCACCCGUGUGGACAUCUACCUCAGAGGAGAUGUGACAUUCCAAAGACAAAUCUAUACAGCAGGGAGACAGCUGACCAUUACAUUGGAGGCCUACCAGGCUAUCCAGCUGCAGAGCCAUGAUGAUUUAUCUGGUACCAGGAUUGUGUCCCAAAGCCCUGUGGCUGUCUAUGCUGGGCAUACCUGUGCCUCAAAACACACCAAAUGUGACUAUGUCGGUGAGCAGCUCUUGCCAGUGUCCACAUGGGGCACCACGUUUGUGGUCCCGGCCAUGUCCUUCCAGACCAAAUUUGAUGUGGUGUAUGUUGUGGCUUCCCAAGAUACCCACAUUACCUACCACUCUAGGUUGAGAGAGGCCACAAAGCACCUGGAGGCGGGGCAGGUGACAGUAUUUGAAAUCACUGCCUUGAGACCUUUAUACCUCUCGGCCAGUGUGGGAAUCCAAGUCGUCUUCUUCUCCACUGGUGGGACCAGCAGGAACAUCAUCUACGACCCCUUCUUCAUGACCAUCCCUGAUGUCUCCAGCUACUGUCAAACCUAUAAUGUCUUUGGGCAGGAGGAUUUUGAGAACUAUGCGCUGAUUGUGGUCAACACGUCUCAGUCAGAGGGGAUUAUCCUGGAUAAUAGGCCCCUCAGGAACCUCAAGUGGAAGCCAGUUCCAGGCACUGAGUUCUCCUGGGCAGAAUACAACCUUGGUCGUGGUUUCAAGAGACACAACAUGAGGCAUCUCAGCACCUCCUUCGGGCUGUGGAACAUUGGAAUCAAUGACAAAUCUGGGUAUGGCUCACCAGCAAUUGGGAUCAGAGACACCCUGAUGCCAUCCUGUAGUGUGGUCCAUUGCAGGGCAGGAACCUUCUGCAGGAUGAGAGAUGGACAACCAGAGUGUGUGCCCCUCUCCGAAGCCACAUGCUGGGCCAUGGGCUACUUGCAUUUCCAGACCUUUGAUGGGUGGACAUAUGACAUGCGGGGCAUCUGCACCUACAUGGUAGCCCAGAGUUGCGGGGAGGCAUCCAACCUCCCUGCUUUCAAUGUCACAGCCACCACUGACAGCAGGGGAAACUCACUCAUCUCGUACAUCACCUCGCUCACUGUCCAAGUCUAUGGAGUCAAGGUCACGGUGGUCAGGUCUGAGGUUGGCUUUGUGAGGGUGAAUGGUGCCCGGGCCCACUUACCCCUCUCGCUGCACCACAGGGCCCUGCUCCUGUCCCAAGCUGGCUCCCACCUCCUUCUCGUCACUGACUUUGGCCUCCGAGUCUCCUAUGACUGGCACCACCACCUACGUCUCCACAUCCCUAGCACCUUCUCUGCUCACCUCUGUGGCCUGUGCGGAAAUUACAAUGGAGACCCUGCUGAUGACUUGCCUGAUGCCCCUACCCUUGCCCAAAGCUGGCCACUGGGUGACAGUAACCAGUUGUGCUGGCAUGACUGCUUUGGGACCUGCGGGUCCUGCACCCAAAAACAGUCUUUAGCCUAUGCUGGGGAGGCCUGGUGUGGCCUGAUGGCCAAGGCAGGCGAGGGUCCCUUCAGCCCCUGUCAUGCCAGGGUGAACCCAGAGGUCUAUGCAUACAAUUGCAUGGCCGACCUGUGCCACCACAAUGGCUACCGGGAGGUGCUGUGUGAGGCCCUGGCAGCCUACGCCACUGCCUGCCAACUGCUUGGAGUGUCCAUCGGGGACUGGCGGGAGCUUGCACGGUGCUCCUUGGAGUGUCCCCAGGAGAACAGCCAGUACCAGCUCUGUGGGACUGCAUGCCCUGCCACGUGUGUGAAUGAAGAUGAUCCCAGCAGCUGUCCAUUCCCUUGCAUGGAAACCUGCCAGUGCAAAGCUGGCUACGUGCUGAGCCAGGGGCGCUGUGUCCCCACGAGCGGCUGUGGGUGCAUGUUCGAGGGGCGCCCCUAUGCUCCUGGUGAGACUGUCUGGAAUGACACAUGUAACAUGCGAUGUACAUGCAGUGCCACCACUGGCCAUGUCUCAUGCACAUCUGCAGCUUGUAAGCCCUCUGAGCAGUGUGGGGUGGUGAAUGGUGUGUGGGGGUGCUACUCCACCUCCUACGCCACCUGUUCAGUGGGGCGGACCCCACACUAUAUCACCUUUGAUAGGCAGCGGUACAAUUUCCAGGGCACCUGUCGGUACCAGCUGGCUGCCCUGUGUCAGGGAGCAGAGGGGCUGGUGAGCUUCCACAUUGACAUCCAGGAGCAGAGCGAGAUGGCACCUGUCCAGGUCCGGGUGUAUGAGACCAACAUCCAGAUCAAUCUCCGCUUCCCUGGCAAAGCUCUGGUAAACGGUUUCUUAUUUAACCUCCCCUUCAACCUUGAUGCCAACAAAAUCUCCAUAUAUAGAAGGGGCUGGGCCAUGGUGAUCCAGACAGACUUUGGCCUCACUGUGACUUUCACAGAAUGGUCCGGCCGUACUGCCAUCACCCUGCCAAGCACCUACAUGGGUGCUGUGUGUGGCCUUUGCGGCAACUUCAACGGAGAUGCUGAAGAUGACUUCCUCAUGAGUGAUGGUCACCUGGCAUCAAACCCCACCAGCUUGGGCCAGAGCUGGACUGUAGGGGGGACCUCAGGCUGCUCUGUGGUCAGGAUCCAGCCACAGCCAGAUCAAGAAGCUCUGAAACAGCAGCAAUAUAGCACUAAAGGCCAGUGCCAGGUCAUCCUGGACAAAAGUGGCCCUUUCAGGAUGUGUCACAGCAAGGUGGACCCCCAGGGCUACUUCUCAGAUUGUGUGUAUGACUACUACUUACAGCAAGGCCAGCAGGACAUCAUCUGCCAGGCUGUGGCCAGCUAUGUGGCAGCAUGUCAGGAGGCUGGAGCAAUGGUGUACCCCUGGAGGACACAGAAGUUCUGCCCUCCAUCCUGCCCUCCCAACAGCCACUAUGAAACAUGCAGCAAAGGUUGUGACCUCUCGUGUGGCCAUCUAUACUCCCCAACUCAGUGCACAGCUGGGUGUAUGGAAGGCUGCAUGUGCAACGAGGGAUUUCCCCUCAGUGGGAACCACUGCAUAACCCUUUCCCAGUGCGGAUGCCUCCACAAGGGACUUUACUACCAGGCUGGGGAGAUUUUCUACCCUGAGGCUUCCUGCAAAAAGCAAUGCGAGUGUCGGCCUGGGGGGGAUGUUAGGUGUCAGGAACACACCUGCCGCGCCGGUGAGGACUGCCUGACAGUGGACGGCAUCCGACGAUGCUAUCCGCUUCGAUCUGCCAGCUGCCUCGCAACUGGCCUUUCCCACUACCUCUCCUUCGAUGGGCUCUCCUUUGACUUCCAAGGCACCUGCACCUACACUCUAGUCAAGACCUGCACCCUCACAGGGAAGCUGAUGCCCUUUGUGGUCACCCUAGAGAAGGAGAUAACGGGACAUGGGAAGGUCUCCGUCGCCAAGACAGUGUCUGUCGAGGUCUAUGGAAUUGUACUCACCCUGUUGCCUCACAGCUGGGGAAGCAUCAGAGUGGACGGGGUGUCCCACAACCUUCCCGUGAUGAUGGCAGAUGGACGCCUCCGGGCCUAUCAACAUGGCCUUAAUGUCCUGGUGAAAACUGACUUUGGCCUGGCUGUGAGCUAUGACUUCCUGUACCGUGUGGGUGUCACUGUCUCAGGAGGCUACCGGGGCCAUGUGUGUGGCCUGUGUGGGAACUACAAUGGACGUCAGGACGAUGAGUUCCUGCUCCCCAAUGGCACGAUGGCCCCUAACACACCCAUGUUUGGUGCCUUCUGGAAGGGUCCCAUGUCAGAGCCCUCAUGUGAAGCCGGCAUGCAAGCCCCAGUGUGCAAGGAAACAGAGCAGAAAACCUCUUCCUGUGAACUUAUCACAGCCUCCAAUGGCCCCUUUGCCUCCUGCCACAGUGUGAUCAGGCCUAGUGCCUACCUCAGCCACUGCAUCCAUGACCUCUGCCUCAGCGACAGAGACCCCCAGGUCCUGUGUCAGAGCAUCCACAGCUACAUGAUAGCCUGCCAGAGUGCUAGGGUCCCCAUCGAAGAGUGGAGAAAUGAGUCCUUUUGCCCCCUGAGCUGUCCAGCCAACAGCCACUACCAAAUCUGUUCCAGCCUUUGCAGCACCAGUUGUGCCAGCCUCACCAGUGACCUCCAGUGCCCAGACAUCUGUGCCGAGGGCUGCCAGUGUGAUGAUGGCUUCUUCUUUGAUGGCCAAGGUUGUGUGGCUGCAAGGAGCUGUGGGUGCUUCCAGAAUGGUAUCUAUUACAAGCCCAAUGAGAAGCUCCUGAGGAACAAGUGUAAGGAAAUCUGCACGUGCGUUCCCACCCGAGGGGUCACAUGUGAGGCCCCCGGCUGCCCUGAAGGAGAGACCUGUGGGAUCAAGAAUGGCCUUCAGAGCUGCAUUGGCAAAGACCUGAGAUGCCGGGAAAAGGAGAGCUACAAGUCUGAGGAUGGCCACGCAAAAUGUGUUCCUGACUACAUGAGAACAUGCCGGGCCUGGGGCAACUCACACUUCUACACCUUAGAUGGCCUGGACUUUGCUUUCCAAGGCACCUGUACCUAUACCCUUGUGAAGUCCUGUGGCAGUGAUGCUGGGCUGGUGCCCUUUGCUGUGGAGGAGAAGAAUGACAAUCGUGGCUGCCCAGCUACCUCCUCUGUGAGGUUCACCAACAUCCAUGUCUACGGUCACAACAUCUCCAUCCACAAGGGAGAGGUUGGCAAGAUCCGGCUGAAUGGAGUGGUCACCAAUCUCCCCAUAACACUGGAAGGUGGUGAGAUCAGAAUGUACCAGAGCAGCUUUCGUGCUGUCCUGAGGACAGCUUUUGGCCUACAGGUAGCUUAUGACUGGAACUGGCUUUUGGAGGUCACUGUACCCAGCAGCUACUAUGGGGCCACAUGUGGCCUCUGUGGGAACUUCAACCAAGACCCCAAUGAUGACUUGACAUUGCUUGAUGGCUCAGUGGUCCCUUCCAUCAUCAGCUGGGCAGGUAGUUGGAAAGUCUACCUCCUGGAGUCUUCCUGUUCAGAUUCCUGUGAAGAGCAUCCCUUGAUCUGCAGCAAAGAGCAGUGGCAGCAAUAUGAAGGCAAUGAUCACUGCGGGUUUCUCCAAGCACCCAAAGGCCCCUUCCAAGACUGCCACUCCACAGUGAACCCCAGUGACUUCAUCAAUACCUGCGCCUCUGAUGCAUGUCGGGACGGGGGGACAAAGACCAGUCUGUGCCAGGCACUGGAAGUCUAUGCAGCCACCUGUAAGGACCAUGGGAUCACUGUCCAUGCCUGGAGGGAGCCAUCAGGCUGUGCCCUGUCCUGUCCUGAGAACAGCCACUAUGAAGCCUGUGGCAAUGCCUGUCCAGCCACCUGCUCUGACCCAGCUGCCCCGUCCUCCUGCUGGGAGCCCUGUGAGGAGUCAUGCCAGUGUGACCCUGGAUACAUCCUCAGUGCUGGGCGAUGCAUCCUUGUGGACAGCUGUGACUGCUCCUAUGGUGGCCAGUUCUAUGAGCCUGGGAAAAUUUUCUGGACUGAUGAGAACUGCCGUGCUCAGUGCAUGUGUGACCCUAGCCUGGGCGUGGUGCUUUGCAAGGAAGUGAGCUGCAAGUCCAAUGAGAAAUGCACCCUGGUGAAUGGGCACUGGGGCUGUCAUGCCUCCAGCUACUCUACUUGCAUGGCAACCGGAGAUGCCCAUUACACCACCUUCGAUGGGAAGAAGUAUGACAUCACAGGCACCUGUACCUACCAGUUUGCAGCGCUCUGCUCCAAGGACCCUACACUUGUCCCGUUCCUCAUCACGGUGCAGAACAGCCACCGGGGCCUCCGGGCCACAUCCUUCAUCCAGUCAGUGACCUUGGACGUCUACAACGUGACCAUCACCCUGAGCUGGGAGCACCCACACAAGAUACAGGUUGAUGGAGUCCUGGUGGACCUGCCUUUUCACCACAAGGACAAACUCUCUGUUUACCUCAGUGGACGUCAUGGCUUUGUCAAGACUGAGUUUGACUUGCAGGUGACCUUUGACUGGUUCAGCUCUGCCCAGGUGGUCCUGCCAAACCUUUAUGCAGGUGCCACAUGUGGCCUCUGUGGCAAUGCCAACGGGGACCCCAGUGAUGACCUCACCAUGAAGGAUGGAAGCUCGGCAUUCAAUGAAGCCCAGUUCACUGAGAGCUGGAAGUUAAGAGGGCUUCCAGGGUGCUCAGCAAGGUGCUCUGGGAGUUGUGUGGUCUGUACGGAGGCACAGAAGCUGCCCUACAAGGCAGAAUAUUACUGCGGGGUACUCAUGGGAGAAGAUGGUCCCUUCAGGCAAUGUCAUGAGACCAUCACACUGGCUCCGUUCUUUGAUCACUGCAUCUUGGACACCUGCCAGUUCAAGGGGUACCAUGAUAUUCUGUGUAACUCCAUCAGCGCCUAUGUGACAGCCUGCCAAGCCCAGGGCAUUGCUGUCGGGCCAUGGCGAUCAGCUAUGUUCUGUGACCUCCCCUGCCCCCCCCACUCUCACUAUGAGCUCUGUGGGAACAGUUGCCCAACCACUUGCCACGGGCUCGUGUCCCUGGAGAUGUGUGAUGCUCCUUGCACUGAAGGGUGUUUCUGUGAUGCCGGCUUCGUCCUGAGCGGGGACCGUUGCGUCCCAGCUGAGGAAUGUGGCUGUGUGCACCAGGGCCGGUACUACAGCCAAGGGGCAGAGUUCUAUGUUGAUAUAUCCUGCCAGAAAUGGUGCCGGUGCACAACCAACGGGGUCAUUGAGUGUUCGCUGGUCAGCUGCAGCACACAUGAAGAGUGCCGCCUGGAGAAUGGCAUCUUUGGCUGCCACCCUGUGGCCUCCGGCACAUGCGUAGCACAUGCUGGUACUCACUACCUGACCUUUGAUGGGCAAGCCUUCAACUUCCAGGGCUCCUGUGGCUACAUCAUGGCUGAAGCGAAGGAAGGGGACUCCAGGCUGGAAAACUUCUCCGUGGUGAUAGAGAAUGAUGUUUCCAUUGGGGACAGCCUCCUGCCUCCAGGCAGGACUGUGGUGGUCACUGCUCAUGGCCAUACCAUGACCAUUGAGAAGGGAAAGAAGUGGAGAAUUAUGGUAGAUGAAGAACUCUACAUCCUACCUCUGACUCUGGAUGAUGGGAAGCUUUGGGCCAACCAGGAAGGCAACAACAUCAUCAUCCAGGCUGCCUCUGGUUUCCGCGUCCUCUACGACACCUCCUCCUAUGUUCUGGUGACUGUCCCCAGCACCUACCAGGGCCGCAUGCGGGGCUUGUGCGGCAACUACAAUGGGGACAAGAGCGAUGACUUCCUGCUGCCCACUGGGAGGGGAACCAAGGACAUGGAUGAGUUCAUCACCUCAUGGAAAGUGCAUGUGGACGAUCCCCGGUGCACCAAGGGCUGUGGUGUGCAGUGCCCCGUCUGCAGUACGAACAAAAUGGCACCGUACCAGGUUGGCAGCUCAUGUGGACAAAUGAGAGACACUUUGGGUCCUUUCAGUGACUGCCACAACCUGGUCAGCCCUGCCAGCUACUUCAAGAGCUGUGUCCAGGACAUGUGCGCCACCCGUGGGGCACAGGAGACUCUCUGUCACAGUCUCCAGGCCUACACAGCUGCCUGCCAGCUGGUCGGAGCCCAGGUCAGAGACUGGAGAUCGGACGCAUUCUGCCCUCUCUCCUGCCCACCCCACAGCCACUACGAAAUGUGCACCAGAUCCUGUGAUUUCACCUGUGCCGCCUUGUCUGUGCCCACCCACUGCACUGAGAGAUGCUUCGAAGGCUGCCAAUGUGAUGACGGCUAUCUGUUUGAUGGGGCCUCCUGUGUGCCUCUGUACCAGUGUGGCUGUGUCCGUGAUGGGCGCUACCUCCAGAUCGGGGAAAGCAUCAUGUCCAGCAACUGCUCGCAGACCUGUGCCUGCCGCUCCGCAGGUGAACUCGUCUGUGAGAGGAGCCAGGGCUGUGUGGAUCAAGAGGGUCACUGCACCUGGGCCUCCGGAGGCUGGUUCACCUCCUUCGAUGGUGUCUCAGGAAAAGCCCCCUCGGAUGGGGCUUAUGACAUGGUGUCCCUGUGUGAGGGCAGCAGCCUGCCCUGGUUCAGGCUGGUGACCAAGGUCCUCAGGGAAGGAGGCAUUCCCGUGCCUGGCGCCAUCUACCUUUUCUUUGAGGAGGGGCUUGUUGUCAUCAGCAAGACAAGGGAGGUCUGGGUGAAUGGGCGUUCAACACAGCUCCCAGUGCAGGUGUCUGAGACUGUGUCUGUAAGCGAGUCCCAGGGCACCAUCACAAUCACCCAAGCUGCAGGAGUUCAAGUUCAGCUUAGCUCCAAUGGAGAGGUGACGGUGAUGGUGAAGAAGACCUUGGCCAACCAGCUGUGUGCGGCUUGUGGGGACUUCAACGGCAAUGCCUCCAAUGAUCUGCAGCUGCCCAGUGGGAAGAUAGUGGGAACCAUCACAGAAAUAAUUGACUCCUGGAAGGCCCGGGACUUCCCAAGAAGUGGCAAUGAAGGCUCAUUGGAGAUGCAGGGGAAGACAUCUCUUCUCCAUGGACUGUACCCUGGGGCGUAAAUGAGCCACACACACACGCGUGUGUGCACACACCUAUCUACAUCACACAAAUACACACCCGCAUCACACAACUACAUGCACAAAUGCACACACAUGCACACACACCCACCUGUACAGAAGUACACACCCAUGUGCACACAAAUAGACCCACAUGCACAAACACACAUACACAAAAAUACAUGCACAUACACAUACAUGCUCACAUACACGUGUGCACACAAAUACACAUGCAUACGUAUACCCACACACAUGUACACCCACAUGCACACAUAUACACACGUGCACUCACUCACACACACACACACACACACACAGAAAUAGGCCUCUUUGUACCCGGCUCUGCUUCUCAGAAGCCCGUAUUGUGGGACAUGAUGAAAACGGAAGAGAAUUGUAAAAACGCAGCCUGUGAAUAAAUCCAUUAGCCAA